CCGGGAACUGCCCGGCGGAAUGGAGGCGAAACGAGAAAACGACGACGAAUCUGCCGGGACGUCGCCGGCGCAACAAGAAAUGACUACUUUCUCCUGCCACCAUUUCGGAAACUCUGAGGAUACAGAGGAUGGAUUCUCCAUCACCAUUAUUGAGAACAUGAAAGAAGAGUACGGGCUGUUCGUGUGGCCGUGCAGUGUUAUUCUAGCGGAGUACGUUUGGCAACAAAGAUCACGCUUUUCCGGCGCCGCCGUUGUGGAGCUUGGUGCAGGAACUUCAUUGCCUGGAUUAGUUGCUGCAAAAGUGGGGGCAGAUGUCACGCUGACAGACGAUGCAAACAGACCUGAGGUCCUGGCUCAUAUGAGAAGACAGUGUGACUUAAAUAAUCUCAAGUGUAAGAUUAUGGGUCUUACAUGGGGCCUGUGGGAUUCAUAUGUCUUUGAUCUGCACCCGAAUAUUAUCCUUGGAGCUGAUGUGCUGUAUGAUGCAAAUGCUUUCGAUGAUCUCUUUGCUACUGUGACAUUUUUGCUCGAGAAUUCUCAAGCAUCCAGUUUUGUAACUUCAUAUCACAAUAGAAGUGGGCAUCACUUGAUUGAGUUCUUGAUGGUGAAGUGGCGGUUGAAGUGUGUGAAGCUUCUCGACGGGUUCUCGUUCAUGCCAGCACACAAGGCAUCCGGAUUGAGUGGCGAUAUCCAAUUAGUUGAGAUCACUUUGGACACGACACGACACAAUUGCAGAACGACGUCUACAAGUUAAAAUCAAUCAGUGAUGGAGCGUACUCAACCGAAAACUACUCUUAGAUUGUAAGUCAACUGCUUUAUUUUUAUUUCCUGCAUAUAGUAUCAGUUUGGUAUAACUUCUCAGUACUAAAGUAAUUGCCUUCCAAGGAAAUCUCUUCUGUAGUACAAUAUUCAGUUUCAAUCUUAAUUAUCUUUUACCUAAA